AUGUUCGUAGCCCGUCACUCCCCCAGGGGCUCCUUCACCAUCCCUGUUAACAUCAACUUGCAGGGAGCGAGGAGACGCCAGACGCGUGCUGUGUUGUACCAGGUGCAGGAGCCUCAGCGGAAGAAUGGCAAGGACUGGCGCAGCGGUGAGCGGUCACGUCCGCAGGCCCUGCUGUCCAGCGUGGGAGACGAGAGGGCCGUGUUCCUCGGCUUCGCCAUGCUCGCCUUCUCCAUACUCAUGUACUUCGUGGUGGGCAUCGCGGUCGUGAAACCCCAUCUGCGGAGUGACUGGAGCGAGGAGACCAACUGUUCGCUGGUCCAGGCAGAGAUCCUGGAUGAGUGGGCGGACUGCAGAGGGGUGAGCCGCUUCCGCUGCGUGAGGGUCUUUGUCAACGUCUCCUCUUCUGGAAGAAAGCUUCGCCUGCACUAUGACGAGGGCUCCGUUGACCUGAACCUGGAGUGCUUCUACGCUCCCAAAUGCCAGCGCAAUGAGUCAGACCUGCUACAGGAGGCCCAAAAGAUCAAACAGGCUCUGGACAAGCUGCGCGACGAGCCCCUGCGGUGCCGCUUCAGCGCCGAGCGCCACCCGGAGGACGCCAUAUUGCACAGGAAGUACAGCAGGUGGCUGGCGCUGGGCUACCUGCUGUGGCCCAGCCUCAUGCUGAGCGGCGGGGUGACGCUGGUGGGCCUGGUGAAGCUGAACCAGAGGCUGGCUCACCUGUGCGCCGAGCUGGAGGGAGAGGCGGCGGAGGAGGACGGUGGAGAGGGACGAGGAGGAGGAGGAGGAGGAGGCGCGGCGGGGCAGACGGCGCUGGUGAAUGGGAAGCUGUACCAGCUGCUGGGAUGGAGGCUCAGGGGUAGCGGCUCCUCGCCACAGGAGCCCACCGGCUGA